UAAUGGACAGAGAUGCUGAGCAAUGGUGUUCCCGCAGGAAGUGGCUGGGUGGAGAGAGGGAAAGAAAGAAAGAGAGAGACCGAGAAGGACGAGAGAGGGGCAAGAGACGGGUGCAUCGAGACGCGUGGGCAGAGGCUUCCAUCAUCCUUCGGCUCAGAUUUGCAGAUCACUAUGACUGUGUCCAGUAGCGGCGCUGCUUCAGUGCAGCAGGUGUUCCCAUUCCACGAUGGCUGGAAUGUUGCCUGCUUUGUAAUCCUCCUCCUCUUCAUCUUCACCGUGCUCUCCCUCGCGACUCUGGCUUUCCUCUAUGAGCUGCUCGACUGUGGCUGCUUCAACAAGACCAAGACCGCACACGGGCGACGCAGCAGCAGUGAUGAAGUCGUAUAA